AUGUCGUUAUGGCUAAAUGCUCAGCUAAAGAAGCUGCUGGUCAAUUAUGGUUCUCAUAUUUCAGUGCUUGUCGCCGUCAUUCUGUUUAUGCACAUGCUCUUUAACCCGUCGAAGCAAACAGGCAGCAAGGCAGGAACAGAUCUACACCAGCAAGUCAGCAACAGAAGACGAGGAUCCUUAGAAUUUUUGAGAGAGGCUCCAAUCCUCUGCUUCUCCGGCCGAUCGAUAAUGAUUACGAUUCCUUAUCUCACCGCUUUGACAACUUACUUCAGCUAUGGACUUCUUUUCGUAUUCGGCCAGCUGCGUGAUUUCUUCCGUAAAAUCAUCGAUUGGUGGUCCCAAAGCAGCCUUCAGGGGUAUGCGCCGAUCUGCUUGGGGCUAGAGGAUUUCUACGUUCGGAGGUUGUACCUGCGGAUUCAGGACUGCUUUAAUCGACCAAUUUCAAGCCCUCCAGAUGCUUGGAUUGAUGUGGUGGAGCGUGUCUCCAAAGACAAUAACAAAACACUACAGCGAACCAAAAACGUCAGUAGGUGCCUCAACAUAGGAUCAUAUAAUUAUCUAGGGUUUGCUGCAGCUGAUGAAUACUGUACGCCUCGUGUAAUUGAAUCCUUGAAGAGAUUUUCCCCAAGCACCUGCAGCGCUCGGAUUGAUGGAGGAACAACAACAUUGCACACUGAACUGGAGCAAUGUGUGGCAAGUUUUGUUGGAAAGCCCGCUUGCGUAGUCUUUGGCAUGGGUUAUGCAACAAAUUCUGCCGUUCUUCCUGCAUUAAUUGGGAAGGGAGGUUUGAUCAUUAGUGAUUCUCUGAACCAUAACUCCAUAGUAAAUGGCGCUCGAGGAACUGGAGCUACAGUUCGAGUUUUUCAACAUAACAUACCAUCCCAUUUGGAGAAAGUUCUGAGGGAGCAGAUUGCUGAUGGACAGCCUAGAACACACAGACCUUGGAAGAAAAUAAUUGUUCUGGUGGAGGGAAUAUACAGCAUGGAAGGAGAGCUAUGCCAGCUUCCCGAGAUUGUUGCCGUAUGUAAGAAAUAUAAGGCAUAUGUUUAUCUGGACGAGGCCCAUAGCAUUGGAGCUAUUGGCAAAACCGGAAGGGGUGUCUGUGAACUCUUAGGGGUUGAUACUGCAGUUGUGGAUGUCAUGAUGGGAACUUUCACUAAAUCAUUUGGAUCGUGUGGUGGUUAUAUUGCAGGAUCUGAGGAACUUAUUCAAUACUUGAAGUAUACCUGCCCUGCUCAUCUUUAUGCGACAUCAAUAUCACCUCCAGCUGCGCAACAAAUCAUUUCUUCCAUAAAGGUUAUUCUUGGAGAAGAUGGUUCUAACAGAGGGGCUCAGAAACUAGCACGGAUUCGUGAAAACAGUAACUUUUUCCGGUCUGAAUUGCAAAAAAUGGGUUUUGAGGUAUUGGGAGACAAUGAUUCCCCUGUAAUGCCUAUCAUGCUCUAUAAUCCAUCAAAAAUUCCUGCUUUUUCACGGGAGUGCCUCAAACGAAAUGUGGCUGUUGUAACAGUUGCUUUUCCAGCUACCCCUUUACUGUUGGCCCGUGCUCGCAUUUGCAUUUCUGCUGCUCAUACGAGGGAAGACCUUGUUAAAGCUUUAGAGGUUAGGGUCUUAUCUUGUAGCUAUUGA